AUGGCUGAGCAGGUAGAGAAUUCGGAUCCGAAGGGGGAAUCACUGUUAGACAAGAUAGUGGAGAAGAUUCACGGUAGCGACGAUUCAUCGUCGUCGUCGGACUCCGAUUCCGAGAAGAAGUCGGCGACUCCGUCGUCUGUAAAGGCUAAGAUUUACCGGUUGUUCGGCCGGGAAAAACCUGUCCACAAGGUUUUCGGUGGAGGCAAACCUGCUGACCUCAUCUUGUGGAGGAACAAGAAAAUAUCUGCUGCAGUACUUGGUGGGGCAACUGCUGCCUGGGUCCUUUUUGAAUUACUCCAAUACCAUUUGCUUACCCUGGUCUGCCACAUUUCAAUACUAGCCAUCACAGUCUUGUUCUUGUGGUCCAAUGUAACAACCUUUAUAAACAAGCGUCCUCCACAUAUCCCAGAAGUCCACCUUCCAGAGGAUCCAUUUCUUCAGGUUGCUUCAGCCGUUAGGAUUGAGAUCAAUCAUGCCCUCUCUUUGUUGAGGGAAAUUGCAUCUGGCAGGGAUCUCAAGAAGUUCCUCGUGGUUGUGGCUGGCUUGUGGGUUCUCUCAAUUGUGGGCAGCUGGUGCAACUUCUUGACAUUGUUCUAUAUAUUGUUUGUUCUGCUGUAUACAAUACCUGUUCUGUAUGAAAAUUCUGAGCAAAAUACGCCGAGGACCAUUGAAAGACAAGAAGAUGGCUUAAACCUGUUACUCAGUUUCAAAAAUGAUAUUUGCGGUGGAUUCAAUCAGUAG